UGCUCACUAAAAAAGACGUGGGUCCAUCCAUAUGGUGUGAGAUCGUGUAGAUAUCGCGCAGCAAGGCAAAAUAUUGCGACACAACUUUCCCUUGACGGGAAGUGGGUGGUCCAACUCCAGAAUCACUCGCAAGUACGUGACAAAAAUAAUAGCCAUCAUUUCUUUAACUUGUUUGGUCAUUGUUAGGUUUAGCCAUACAGAAAGAAUGGAAUUGAUCUAACGAACAUUACACAGGAACCAAAAUUGACGCCAGUUAACGUUAGCGAGUUGUCAUCAUGGUGUCUGCGAAAGAGGUCCAGCUGUUGGUGUUAUCUUGCCUCAUCUUUGCUCUACCCUCUACAGGAGAAAAUGGCAGCCAUUUGGUGAUAUCCCCAGAUUCCCCACAAUCUCCAGUGCUAGAGAUCGGGACUGACUUUGCAGCUACAUGUAUGAUCACCAACACAGAUGAAGUUACAGCAGAUGACCUCUACUGGACAUUAUCUGGAACUGUUGUACCCAAAGAACAGUACACCAGGAUCAACAAAACGGCUCUCAGUGUCACUGUCCCCAUCACCAGUGAAAAACGGGAAUGGUUAUUGUGCCGCUGCAAGAAUGUGUCAGCCUAUGUUGUCCUGAACAAAGGCAGAUUUAUGCACGGGAUCUUCCUUACGAAAGGCUAUCGUCCUGGGAAACCCGAGAAUCUGUCCUGCAUAGCAGUUCAAGAGGAAAGGUACAUCUCUCCAAACAUCACGUGUGUGUGGGAAGCUGCAGGACGUCAAACAGGAUUUGUCCCUACAACAUACACACUGAAUGUUAGAUCCAACAUCGGUAUGUAUAAUGUGUCGACACGUGAGAAGAGUGCCACAGUAUCUGUGGGCCUUUUUCCCAAUCAUGAAACGCUGGAUAUCUGGGUAGAGGCGCACAACACACUUGGAAAAGUAGAGUCUGAGCAUCUCAAAGAAGAGGCCAACUGGUUUGUGAAAACAAACCCUCCAUCAGAUGUCAGAGUCAUUUCAGAAAGGACUUUUCCCACCUCCCUUCUGAUAAAUUGGGCUCAUCCUAUUGAUGAAGUUUAUGUGAAAUUAACAUAUGAAAUCAGAUUCUGCCCAAGUGGAUCUCAAAAUUGGACUUAUGUACCGCUUGUGGACACUGCCAAAGGUAUACAGUCCUUCAGACUACAGAACCUUCAGCCAGACACAGUUUAUGUCACUCAGGUGCGCUGCAAAAAUGCUAUAGAACGUGGUUACUGGAGCAACUGGAGUACCAAUGCUACUGAGAGAACACCUGAGGACCGACCAAGAAGUAAACCGGAUUUAUGGAAAAUCAUCACUGAGGAUGAGAGCACAGCACGACAAGUGUGGUUUAUUUGUAAGGAUCCUGUGCUCUCCAACGGGAGGAUAAUAAGAUUUGACAUAAAGAUUCAAGACCACAAGGAUAGAGUCAAGAAUAGAAGUGGGGAGUUGGAGAGUAUCCCAGUCAACAGGUCGAAGGCAGACCCCAGCCCUAGCCAGCAGAAAAUCACUAUUCUUAAACAGAUUUCCCUGGAUGACAAGAAAUCCGUGGAAGUGUACGUCACUGCUGUCAAUUCUGUGGGAAAAUCUCCUGAGGCAUCGUUGGUCAUCACUGAAAAAGUAAAUGAGCUCCCUACAGUGAAAGACCUGAAAGUGCAGCGAAAUGGGGGCCAGCUGUGUCUGGAAUGGAAACCCCCUGCCAGACCUGUGUCAGAGUAUGUGGUGGAGUGGGUCAGUGGUAGUCGGAUAGACUGGCAGAGAGAAAAAGGAAGUACCAAAAACACUGUCAUCAAAGGCAGCCUGGAGAAGUUUGUCAGUUACACUGUAUCUGUGUAUCCAUUAUACUCUGGAGUGACUGGGAAGCCAGCGAGUAAAGAAGCCUUUCUGGAGGAAGGAGUUCCAUUGAUAGGCCCAGCUGUUAAACUUAAAGGUAAACCAGGAUGUAACGAGGCAGAGCUGGUGUGGAACGAGAUUCCCCAACACAGCCGACGAGGCUUCAUCACAAACUACACGAUAUUCUACACAAGUGGGACCAAAACACACAACAUAACAGUGCCAGCUAACACCACCUCAUACACUCUGAAGUCACUGUCACGCAGCACCAAGUAUGAUACUUGGGUCAUAGCUUCAACCAUCCGAGGCUCAAAGAGAGGCUUUAAUCACUCAUUUACUACUCUGAAAUAUGGAACAGGAGAGAUCGAGGGCAUUGUGGUAGGAGUGUGCCUCAGCUUUCUGUUUGUUGUCCUACUCACCAUGCUGCUCUGUAUCUACAAAAAAGAUGUGAUCAAGGACAAUUUCUGGCCUCGGAUUCCAAACCCUGGAGAGAGCACCAUUGGAAACUGGUCUCCUGAUUAUCCUCUGAAAACAGAGACACCGAAGGAGAACUGUCUGUCUGGCAUCAGCGUGCUUGAUGUAGAUGUGUGUGAUGGAAAAUGUGGGUCGGAGGACGACAAGGCCAGUCUGCCUCUUAAGAAGGACAAGUACCUGUCUGAAGAGCACAGCAGCGGCAUUGGCGGCUCCUCCUGCAUGUCCUCACCUCGCCAGAGUGUGUCUGACAGUGACGAGGGUGGGGACAUGGCUGAUACCACAGCCAGUACUGUCCAGUACUCCUCGGUGGUGGCCUCCUCCAACGGUUACAAGGGCCAGACCCCGAACUUCCAACCACAGCAGGCUAUUUUUUCACGGUCUGAGUCGACACAGCCCCUGCUGGAUUCUGAGGAGAACCCGGACAUGUUGCUGCAGGAGGGCAGCAGACAGUCCCAGCAUUUCUCCCGACAGCCCAGCUUCACACACACUGCAGGGAAUGAAGACAGCGCAGAUCCUGCUGACUUCAACCAGCUGGAGAUGGAGCAGCAAGUACUGGAGCCUCUGGACUUCUGUCCUCUGGAAGAGGAGACGACACCGACAGACGGCCAGUCAGCUGACGGGCUGCCAGCGGCCCUAGUCUCCAGCUACAUGCCUCAGUUGGGUGGCUACAGGCCACAGUAAGAACACAGACAGACCAAGAUGUGUCAUCUAUGUGAAUGAUUCUGUGCCUUUGUUAAUGUCAAAUGUCUUUUUGAAGACUGUAUCAGUAUGUCUUUUGCGCUUACCCAGUUAAAAUAGUCGAGGAUGCUGGGGGAGAGUACUCUGUUAAGUGCAAUGUGAAUUAGAGCUUGUAGCAGUAGUUUGCUAGCUUUGCACUACUGAAAAAUGAUGCAGCCAUAUCUUUAUUGUAACUCAAUGCCCAAAACAUACUCCACAUGUAUGUGGACAGUUUGAGCUAGCAAAUGUCACAUGUUGCAUUUCAAAAUGUCUCCUGACAUUCUAAACAUGACAAGAGUAUGAAGCACAGUUUCAAGAUGGAUGGGCUAUACAGCAGGCAGCUCCAGGACAAAGCUUGAGUGGUCUGUUGCCACAGAGCCCUCUUGGUGCUUUACCUCCACAGAUAUGUUACAAUAUGUUACCUGGGCAUUGUCUUUUAAGGUGCAUAGAGUAUGUUUUCAGCUGAAGUAAAUACACUGCACAUGAAAGUAAUCAAGUAACAAAUAUAAAAAAAAAUGGAACUGCCUUUAAAUGGAAAAUUCUAAUGUAGUAACAUAUAGUCAUUUGGUUUAAAGAUCACUCUACUGCUGUAACUGUUUAUUUCAUUUAUCAUUUCAGUUUUAGAAGCAAAUAUGAUUGUGUUCAGCCGGCAGUGGAGUAAAUGUUCAUUGUUCCCACAAUGUCCACACCUUUUACCCCAGUCUGUAGAGUAAGCAUUAUCUCUUCACUUCUUCUCAUCUUACAAAGACUCUUAUCCCAGUCACUGCGGACAAUGUGAACAUAAUGUCACUUUCUACUAACAUUAAACACAUGAUUUUUCCUGAUAUACAACUUAGAGUAAUUAUUGGGAGGAGGCUUUGCAUUGUUAUCAAUCACUCACUGUGAUCUGAGUCAGAUCUAAUCUCAGCAGCAACACAUCUUAAUGGCUUGCUUAACUGCUCUGAAUUGUUUCAAGGACUGCAGAGUUCAUCUGGACUAAAUCAUUUAAAAGGAAAUGUACAUCAAGGUAAAAACUUACAAAGUAUCCAUGGGAUAAAGUACGUGUAAUGUUACAUAAAAGACAAUUGCUGACUGAUUGUAGUGUUAAUUUUUCUCAAAACCCUAUUAUCACUGAACCAUUGAAGAGGUCACAUAUUAUCUGUUGACACUGUAAAUGAUUUUCAUUAUACAAAUUAAAUAAACAUUUGCAGAUAUAGAA